GCAGCUCUGUUGACACUCAGCUCUGGACACCAUCAAGUCAACAGCAGUGGAAGGUCUGUGCUGCAGAAAUCUCUUUACACGGCAAAAUGGAAUUUUCAUAUGAUUAUUCCGAUUAUUAUACUGACUAUAACUACACUGUAGAAGGCAACGACACUCCACGCGAGGAGUCCACAGUUUUUCAGCACCAAUCAACGUGUUUAAAGGAAGUUGUGUGUGUGUCGUUAAUCGUGGUCAGCGUGGUAAUUUUUUUGCUGGGCUUCUGCGGAAACGCUCUGGUCAUCUGGAUUUCUGGCUUCAAGAUGAAGAAGACGGUCAACACCACCUGGUACCUGAGCCUUGCCAUCUCCGACUUCGUCUUCUGCGCCUUCCUGCCGUUCAGCAUCACCAACAUGGCGAUGGAGAAGUGGAUCUUUGGCCGCUUCAUGUGCAAAUUCACCUCCUCCGUUAUGUUCCUCAACAUGUUCAGCAGCAUCUUCCUCCUGGUCGUCAUCAGCGUCGACCGCUGCGUGUCGGUCACGUUUCCAGUUUGGGCACAGAACCAUCGCACUGUUAAAAAGGCGUCCGUUGUCGUUUUAAUGUCCUGGCUUCUCGCCAUCGUGCUGAGCCUUCCCUCCGUCAUCUUUCGGGAAGUUAGCACUCACAUGGGUAGGACCAUUUGUUACAACAAUUACACAUUAUACCAACACAGUCACAAGAUAGUUGCAGUGAGCCGCUUCCUUGCAGGGUUCAUUAUCCCCUUCGCCGUCAUCAUCAUCAGCUACUCCAUCAUCAUCCUCAGACUUCGAACCAACAGGAUGGCCAAAUCCUCCAAACCUUUGAAAGUAAUGUCUGCACUCGUCGCUGCUUUCUUCAUCUGCUGGCUGCCCUACCACGUCUUCGUCCUACUUGAGCUCAGCCAUCAAAACUACGACAACGGCAUUUUAAUUGCCGGACUCAAAAUCGGCACUUCAUUGGCGGCGGCGAACAGCUUCCUCAACCCCGUGUUGUAUGUUUUCAUGGGCAACGAUUUCAAGAAGAAGUUCAAGAGCUCCGUGCUCUCAAAGAUGGAGAACGCAAUGGGGGAGGAAGGCCGCACCACCAGCAGAUACCUGUCCAGGUCCAGCUCCAUGGACGGCAGAGCUUCUACGCACAUCUAGAGACGUUAAUCCAAAACAGUUUCACGCCGGGCACUCAUGUGACGACAAAAAUACUGUUUUCAAAUAUGCAAUUAAUUACCACAAGAUAUGAAAUAUGUAGCCUAUUGAUUCACAGUGAGCAUUUUUGUUGCACUUUUGUACUGCUGGCAGCAUGGAGAAAGCUGUUGCCAAUUCAAGCUCACAAACACAUAAUGUAGUUGAAGAAUUUGCGAGCUUGAGCCGAUAUCUAAACAUGCACUUUGCUCAUUGUGCACCGCAGGGUGGGCGACAUCAAUCUCACCCAGCAGAAGGAAUGUUUUCAGAGCAGUGUUUGUGGAAGGUUUUAACUGUAGCACGUAGAGGAAUUUUAGUUGUAAAAUACAAGGACUGUAAAAUAUGAGGUAUAUUUUCUGAUAAUAAACACAGUGAAAAAUGUAUUAUCAUUAUGUCAAGCAUUGUCUGAAAUUAUAUUGAACAAAUAGACAGUGGAGGUGCUCCUUUUUAUAGAAACAAUUUGUGUAUAUUUGCGAACACAAAUGGUGGCAAUACAUUGCAAAUUGCAGAUACAUUUGCAAGACUUGCAUUGCUCUUGCAUGGAUUGCAAGUAUGGCAUUUAUUUUGAUUAGUGAAACAUAUCAAAAUGAGCAGGAAAGGAAAUAAUCUUGUAUUGCAAAUUUGGUUGGACUGGCUCCAGGCUUUUUGCAGGGAGUAUUUGCUCAUCAGUUUGUAGAAUUGUUUUUUGUACAGUGUUCAUUUGACCUCUGAUCUAAAAUGAUAAGCACUAGGCCACAAAAUUGGAAACAAACAGAAGAUCAUGAAGACCACUCACUGAAGGAAAAGAGCCAAGAAUGUAUUACUGGUAUUUCUUUUUCCUGCACAUAAAACCUCGGCUGUCCCAAAAGGGAUGUUCUGGGGUUUUACUUACUGACAGCAGAGUACGCAACUAUUUUUGCAUCGCAGCAUUUAUGUAGGUUGUGUCAGACUGGCCCAAAUACAAAGUGCAAAUGAAAGUGUGGAGGACUGCUGAUCAAGUUAGUUCUCAUGAAUAUAAAUACCACACACCCAGCUGUUUACCAGUUGACAAAAACAGCUUGUGUUGAAUGAACCUGUGUUUUUGUUAUUUCAUGUAUGAGAGCUGUACGGUGGAUGUGAUUUGUGCAAUAAAUGUUUAUGUUUUCUGAAAUAAAGUUGUGUUCUAUCAAAAUCA